CAUAAAACAUGGGGCAAGAGUUUAACAAACAGGUGCAGCCUGGAGAUGAACACGUGGUUUUAAACAAGUCUGCAGUACAACCACCACUGCGGAAGCAUUUGUACAAAAGGGAUCCUUUGAACAGAUUUUCAGAUAGUGAAGUCCAAAGCAUGGUUCAUGUUUACCAAAACUUAGCAGCUCUGUCUCCCAGAGACAAGUACAUUGACAGGAAAACAUUUAUACAUUAUUUCCCACUGGAUGGGAUGCUGGCAGAAAGACUGUUUGUGGCUUUUGAUAAAGACAGAAAUGGACAUAUUGACCGUGAUGAAUUUUUAGGUGGACUUGCUCUAUGUUUAAGAGGUUCCACAGAAGAAAGAGGACAAAUAAUCUUUGACAUGUUUAACCUUGAUGGAACAGACGGAGUUAGUGUUUCCGAGAUCAGUGUGAUGUUGAAGUCUGUACUUUCCGCCGCCGUCAGAAUCAUUCAUGUCAGAGAUGGCCAGACUCCAGAUGGCGAUGACUGCGUGGCAUUAACAGAUGUAGAUAAUGUAGUAGAGAACCUUGUCAGUGAUGCGGUCAGCCAGUGCGACCAGAGUGCGAAUGUAAAACUGACUAAGGCAGAGUUCGUAAGCUGGAUGAGAAGACACCCUCUCGUUGUGGACUCGGUAUUUCAGCAUUCCAGUAUCAAGGACAAACAGUUCAACACAGGAUUGCAACAUGACCGUGGUCAAAAGAGCCACAGGCCACCUGGUUUUGUGAUAACAACGCAUCAAGGAGCACGACACACAGAACUGUUGAGUCAAACAUGGGUUGAUGGGUUGCAAGAGGGCGGUGAUGAAGAAGAACCCGUGUUCAACGGUAGUUAUGCCAACGCAGAAUAUCUGUGGAGUCCAGUCUUUCCAGCCAGUCUUAGCAUGCCUUGGGCACGUAGUAGGCACUCAGUGUGUGUUUGGGGUGGUGGUGUGUUUGUGUAUGGAGGUCGAGGAACCAGAGGAACUCUAAAAGACUUCUGGAGAUACGAUAUAGCUAAUAACGUGUGGAAGAACAUGCCAGUUGAAGGCGAGUUCAGGCCGCCGUGCCUACAGGAACAUACUGCUCUCACUUGCAAGGGUAAUAUGUAUAUAUUUGGGGGAGAAUUCACCUCAACCAACGAGACGCCACUGUGGACAUUCAACUUCCGUUCGGGAGAGUGGACGAAACAAGCAGCGAGGUCAUGGGGCCCAGGCACGCGACGGUCUCACACGGCUGUGAUUCACGAGAGUUCAAUGUUCGUAUUUGGUGGUUACAUUGACAUGAGAGGUGCCAGUGAUGAACUCUGGCAAUACGAAUUAGAUACUGCGAGAUGGAUAAGGGUCAAAUGGAAAGGAGAGGGACCAAGCCCUCGUUACAGUCACUCAGCGGCUGUGGGAGCCGGUGGUAUGUGGGUGUAUGGGGGCUUGGAGGGUCUACAGUCCAGGAACGACCUGUGGCGAUGGAGCUUUGUGAGUCAUUCUUGGACGCGGAUGAAGAGCCGAGGAGGUCCGCCGGCUUUGUUUGGUCACUCUGCAAUUAAGGUUGGAGAAGGCAUGUUGAUAUUUGGAGGUGAAACUACCGAUGGGGCUUUGCAGAAUACAAUAUGGCGGUUUGAUUUGGGUGCCCGCACGUGGAGCACGGUCCGUCCACGCGGUGACAUAUCGCCACCCGUCCGUAGCUGUUUCUCAGUAGGAGUAGUUUCUUCGUCCGCUUUUCAUUCCAUUCGACCGUCCACGGCUCACUCUGCCCCUCCCUGCACCCCUAUGUCUUCAGGCUUCCUUGGAGAAGAGAGACUGAACAGUAAACCGACGACUACCAGGCCGGAGUCCUGGUGUGAAUCUGUUGCCCGGUGGGACAUGUCUUCAGCAUCACUGGGUUCUCUUGAUUCCACGGCGCCGUUCUACAAUUCUGUUUUAAGCGUCGGCGACAAUAAACGCAGUCAACCUCGACCGGCGUCCAUGUUUAGUUCAGAGGUGUACGAGAAUUCAAGAGGAAUGACUCUUUCGGAUGAUUCUCUUCAUCCAAAUCCAAAUCAAAAUACUGCACAAAAAGAUCAUCAGCUUAAAGCACAGACUCUCCCAGCACAGGGAGUCACUUCAGGCAAAAAAAGCCGAGUGUACAGUCAAGAACUUUUGAACGUCAAUUCUCCAGUGAGCGCAGAUUUAAGGAGAAAUAUAAGUCGUCCUUUUGCCUGUGUAUUGGUUCUUGGUGGCAAGACGCGCACACAGGCGGAUUUGGGAAAAAGCAUCGACAUAUGGCGGUGUGAUAUCGAUCCAGAGAAGAGACACCGGACAGAGCGAGUGGAAAAGAUCACUGUGUCUGGCAGUAGUCACAUGACCACGCCCACACCUCCCUAUUCUCAGUUGGAGGAACAUGAUGACGUAGACACUGAAUCAGUGGGAAGCGAUUUGGUCCUAGCAGACUUGUCUGAUAGCGAUACGCGCAGUGUUGAUUUUCUAUUGGAUGAUUUCCGCUUGGACGUGUCGCAUGGUGUUCCGAAAGUGUCUGUGUGAAUCAGUGACGUCACAGAAAUAACUCAAUUUGAGACAUUAUCGUUCCCAUGACCUCUCUUCCUCUCUCUCUCUCUCCCUUAUCUGCUUACCUUUGUGAAAAUCCUCUCAACCUCGUACGUAAUUUUCCCGUUCCCACUCCCCACUCUCUCCCUUGAGAAAUGUGAAGGUUGAGAUCCUCUCCCCAGCUCAACAUGACGGUGGAAAAAAGAGUGAGAUCUGGUGCCGAGACUGUACUUAAAAAUGCCGCUUGGUCUGUGUUCAACAAUAGCCGCUUGGACUUAAAAAAAAAAAAAAAAAAAGCUAGUUACGUCAUGAGCUAUGAAAAAUCCCAUUCGUUCUUAGUGUGUUUUGGGAACGUGUUGGGUAUGGAUAAUUUUCUUCCGUGAUUCACUGCCGUUUCAUCGUUUUCAUCUUUAUCGGCUGGUUUCCGACUGUUUUGUUCCAUCGGCUUGCAGCUGAAGAGGACUAAAAGUGCUGGCGCGUUAGAAAAGUGCGAAAUGAAGAAUUUUAAAGAUAAUUGAAUUGUUGAUAUUGGAUGUAAUGAUCGAAUUCGAAGCCCGCUGUUCAAGAAUAUGUAAAGUCGAAUUUAAAGAUGCUCAAAAUCAUGUAUUUAAUAGAAGUUAUAAUUACCAUUCUGUGAAUACAAAAAGAAUAAGAUCUUUGCUAAUCAGACAAAGAUUUGUAAGUUUUGUGUGAAUAGUAAAUAACCAUCCUUUAA